AAAAUAUAUAUAUAUAAAUAUUGCAAGUAACAUUGUGUAACUACGGCAAUCAGUGAGCAGCUCUGUGUAACCAGGAUGAAAGAGGGAAGCAAAUUGUGCCGAAUGCGUGUUCACCAUGUAUUCAUAUUGUACAUGCUUGGUUGCAAUACAAAGGUGACUUUUGCUGCAUUAACAUCUCAGCCAAUAAAAAUGAAUGGAAUGGAAAAUGUGAGCAAGAAUGGUGAAGACACUAACGCUGUGCAUUCAGAACUUGUCAAAGGCUACAGUGAUCUCAGAAAUGUAUCUGCUGGUGACGUUCAGAUGUCAUCAAAUUCUACAACUCUGUCUGGUCACCUCAUUGUCAAUGAAACGCUGCACUUUGCACUAUGCAAUACAUCAUGUCCUGAUUCAAUUAGUGAUGGAAAUCACAUCACUGAAAGACCGAGAGCAAACAUUACGAGCAGAAUAAAUGUCUCGGGUGAAAAUAUUGGUCCUUGGAUUGCAUCUUCACAUCAUGACUGGUCAUCACUUGAAAACAUGACUGAUGUCAACGCAAGCAGUUCAACCCUAAAUAAGGAAGGAAUAUCCAAUCAGUUAUCUCACAACUCAACAUAUCAUGCAUUGUAUUAUACAUUUUUUGGAGAAGACAGUGAGCCAACUGAAUUCAAUUUCCGGAAGACGAUUGCUUCGCACAAGUUGCUUGCCAUGUUCCUUGGCAUGGCUGUAGUUCUUGCUGCCUUACUGGUUCUUGUCUACUGUAUCUAUAGCAGACAGCACAAGGAGGACAUGUUCUCACAUCACAGACUUUAUGGAGAAGGCUUUGAAGACCCAGUACUGCAUCUUGACACACCGGUGGAUCACUUUGAUUUCUUCUCUUUCAAAGACACAGAAAUAACCCCCACACCAACUCCACUGCACAAACCACAAAAUUAUGUUAUUAAUGAACCUAAACAAGACAAUACAUUUGAUGUACCAAAAGAAACACAUUCCAAUGAGAAUUCACAUCAGAACUUCCAGAUGAGCUCUCUUAACAUUAUGUAAUAUUUGACAUCGAUCAUUCUAUCAUAUUCGCGUUUACUGACUAAAUAACUGGUGUAAUACCCUACCCAAAAAGACAAACAGAUGAAAAUUGGCACUUUUCACAUGCUCCCAUGAAAACCACCUAAAUUUCACCCCAUUUUUUUAUAGUGGAGGUUUUUAUUUAUGUUGUGAAAUUUUCAUUGCCAAAUAAGUUGAGGAUUUUGAAAAAAAUAAAUAAAUGAGUCCAACAAAAACAACAAAAAAUAUUUGCUGAAGUUUUGCAGGCUUUUCUUUACACAAAGAUUUGAAAAUAUACUGUACAAAGUAAACUGAUUAUACAAAAUAUCUGAAGUAACGCAAGACAACUUUGUUGGCCACAAGGUGGUAGUGCAGCAGAAGGUUUUUACUUCCACCAUUUCUUCAUAGGAAGUGACAAUUCUCCUUAAAAAUCAGACAAAUUUUAUGUGCGGUUUCGGGGAGCUGUAAAAAGACAACUUUCUUCUGUUCCUUAUUUUAGCGACAGAUUCCAUCUAUCCCUUCAUGUUCUGUGUGAUUUGUGAAACUCUGACUAGUUUAAGUAAAUGUUUAUUCUCAAAUUGUAAUAGCAAACUACAGGAAAUUUGCAAGUAUAUUUAAGGAUAUACCCAAAUAACAGACACAGCCACAAGGCAGGAAAAUGUUUUUUUCCUGUCCGUUCUGCUGCGGCCACAGUCGAUUCUCCUGCGGCCACUGGCCAGAAGUGCGCAUAUAUUUUUUCCUACGUCAGCCGCAGCCCGCUGGAUGUGAACAUCGUAGGGCAUAUGAUGUCAUAUCCACCGGCUGCGCGGCGGUCGGUGACAUCCCUUCCCUCAGAUCUGCAGAACGCUAUGCAAGACUGAACUGAGGCUGAGCUCAGCGGCCGGGAGGAGGUUAGCAAGAAGAGGAGAGAGGAGCGGACAGCUUCCUCUCCCUCUACAGCCUAAUUUUCUGUCUGAAAGCCUGAUGGAGGGCAUGGAGAACCAAAUACUGG